UAAUGAUAAGUUGUGGAAUAGAAAUCAGCGGAACGCUGAUCGUAUAUCUUGAUUACUGCACUUAAACGUUCUUUAUACUUGUCUGAACUAUCUUGUCCUCGCUUACACUAGUUCAGUUUAGUGCAGUGCAGUAUGAACUUAGUACAGCAAUAAAGAACAAACCUCAUGUUUUCGGUCACGUGACGGCAAUGCCGUCACGGCAUUAGAAUUCAGGCGAUAUUCAACAAUUGUGUUGACGCCGCGGUACAUUCAAUAUAGGUGCAAUGCCAAUCGAUCAAAAACGCAUUAACGGGCCGGAAGCCUCCGUUCCGUAUGAUAUUUAUAUCCAUUCCGAACUGAAGGACAAUGGGAUACAGUCUAAUGGCUCGAAAAGGCAAGACGGCCGCUCAAACAAUGAGCUCAGGAACAUAUUUUUGAAGGCGGGUAUAAUCACCGAGGCGAAGGGCUCCGCAUAUAUCGAAAUGGGCAACACGAAAGUCGUCUGCUCGGUAUUCGAUCCCAGGGAAAUACCCAAUAAGACCGAUUACUCCGUGAAAGGGGAACUCUACUGCGAGUUCAAAUUUGCACCCUUCUCCCAUCGUAAACGGAAGAUGCAUCAGCAAGAUGCCGAGGAGAAGGAGUACAGUUCGAUACUGCAACGAGCGUUGGAGCCAGCGGUGUGUCUGCAAGAGUUUCCCAAUUUCCAAAUAGACAUUUACACAGUGGUUCUAGACAACGGAGGAUCUGCCCUGGCUGCGGCGAUAACGGCAGCUAGUCUAGCUUUAGCGAACGCUGGCGUGCCGAUGUUCGGUUUGGUCACCGCAUCUACCAUUGGUAUCUGCGAUGAUAGGUAUUUGGUGGAUCCAACCGACGCGGAAGAAGAAUUUUGUUCCACGAAAUCUUCCUCAGACGCGUCUCAUAAUCAUGGAACUAUCGUACAAGCUAUUCUCCCGCAACAUGGUCAGACUUCCGAAAUGUUCGUAACCGGGAACAUUGACGUGGACACGAUAGUGCAUUCUAUAGAUCUUUUAAGUGAAGCUCAUAAGAAUAUUUGUCUCUCGGUGGAACAAUGUCUCGUGAAGAGCGUAUUCAAAGCAUUCCAUCCGAAUAUUAAAAAAAGAGAGAAAAAAUAAACUAGUCAUUUUUAAGUUCUCUUGUGUUUUAUUAGAUAUCUAUUGUAUAUUUCUGUUAUACAUUCUCAUAUAUGUUCUCACAAUCACUUUAUUUUAAGUCAACAAUUUAUUGAUUACAGCUAUACUUUUUUUUAUGUAUUUUCUAUUAGCGAAAUAAAUAUAUGGAUUGUG